CGAAGUUAAUUUGUAUUUGUGAUUUCCACCGUCCACGGUGAUUUCUAGAGUAAAUAUUAAAAUUUAUACAAGUUACAGUGCCGCAUUUCAUAGCUAUCCAAUGGAUAUUGAUACAGUGAACAAUAUAAAAUAUCUCGUAAAUUUGUGUCUGUUGCCAAAGCUUAAUAAAGACUAUGAAGAAAGUGAUAACCAUCCGGAGAUUGUUGUUCGUAACAAAUCCUUAGAACUUAAUGUUGAUAAUCUGGAAAAGGCAUUAGAAUCGGUAGACUUAUGCAACGAAAAUGCAGGUCCUAUCAUAGCACACCUGUUAAUCUUAUAUUUAGAACUAAAUAGUACAAGUGCCUGGAACGAUGACAUAUGCAAUAAAGUAUCUAAGAGAAUUAACCUUAUUUUUUUAAAUUACUUUAAUUUAUCACUACAUUCUAUUUUGUAUAAAGAUGGUAUUUACAAUAGUCAAGAAAUAUUUAAUAUUUGUAUAGAAGAGCUCCAUAUGAAGCUCACCUAUGAUAAUUUUAAAAAAUAUCCUGGCCAAAUUGAAGUAUAUAGUACAUUAAUUAAAGAUAUAAAGAAAUAUCAAAUAACUAUGAGGCCCUCAUGUGUGAUGCCGCUGUCUCUAUUACUAAUGGAUGAUUAUGUUAACAUAAAUAAGCAAAAUGGAUUAGAAUGCUGUUUGCGGAUUCUAGAAUGUCUGGACAUCAACAGCUUUGAAGGAGGAAACUAUUAUGAGGUGAUACAUAGAACUCUUAAAAAACUACUGUAUGAUAAAGAAAUAAAAAUCACACAACUUACACAUUGCUGUUUACUGGAAUUAUGUAAAUUGUUUCCAUGUGAUGAAAAGGAUAAGAAGUUUGAUGAUCUUUAUUGUGUGUUGAUUGAGCAAUUAACUAUGGAGUCAAACUUGUACAGAAAAUCUGAGUGCCUAAGAUUUUUAAAAAGCCUGAUAUCUAUGCACAAAACGAAUUGUAUUAGUCGAAGUGGCAUCAAAGUGGCUAUGUGUGACUGUUUAGAUAUUUGUACUGAAUAUUCUGUAGCUGAAAUAUUAUUACAUUCAACCUUACAGUGCCUUAAGGAAUGGAUAAAAUAUUGUUGGUGUGUGUGGAAGUUUCCAAAAGACCACAAAAUGAUGUCAGUACUGUUGAAACUUUUAUAUACAUGCAAAAACGAAGAGUUGAUAAAAGUUAUUCAAGAUAUUUUUCUAACUCUUUAUAGCUUGUGCUCCAAUAUUGAACAAGAACAAAUACUAUGUGAAAUUCAAAAAAAUUUAAAUAGUUUGCCAGAAGAUUAUUGUAAAAAGUUAACAGAAAUA